GUUGCUGACGCUAAAAUCUCGCGCGGUCUAUCAAACUAAGUGAUAAACGUCAAAAAUCAUGUGUUCGACUGAACACUCUAUUGAUGCUUCAUGAAUUACUCAACCAAGGUUCUGAAAAUAAUCAGGAUGAUAUUUUCACGCUGACUUCUUAUAACUAAUGUCACUCAAAUAUGAGUGUAAUAUGAUAAGUCUGUGACAGUAAACAAACAACCCGUGUGAGAGUCAUGGCUGGACAUGUCAUACAACCUCUAUCCCCGGGAGUGAGGUCUUACCUGAGGACAGGUGUGGCUCUCUGUAGUGUCGCCCAGUGUAUGGAGGAGCUUGUCCUAAACUCUGUUGAUGCUGGUGCUACAUGUGUAGCUGUCCGCAUUGAUCUAUCCUGCUUCAAAAUCCAGGUGGUUGACAACGGAACAGGAAUGACCAAGGGUCAGCUGGAACUUGUAGGCCAAAGGUACCACACUAGUAAGUGCCACACAAUGGAUGACCUCAAUCAGCUCUGCCACUACGGGUACCGGGGAGAGGCUAUUGCCAGUCUGAGGGAUGCUAGCUCAGUAUUAGAGAUAACAUCACGUACAAAACAUUUAACACAGACGUUUUGUAAGAUCUUCAACAAAGCAACACCAACGAAGGUGAUGCCGUCAAGCGUGCCAAGACCAAGCGCCGGCACAACAGUCACGGUGCAUGAUGUAUUUUACAACAUGCCUGUAAGGAAGAAAGCCAUGAAUCCAGUGCUGGAGUUUGAGAGAGUGAGAAAAAGACUUGAGGGUAUAGCACUGAUGAGGCCUGCAAUUUCAUUUUCCCUAAGAAACGAUAUCACAGGAAACCUUGUACUUCAGACACAUAAAACCAAUGGUGUGUUGAAUGUGUUCACCUCUCUAUUUGGUAUAGGAAGGUCCAAGACAUUGUCGCCUGUUCAAGGACAAUCUGGCUGCUUUAGUGUGGAAGGAUACAUAGGAAAGGAAGGCUUUUCAAAGAAGGACUUACAGUUUGUGUACAUAAAUAAACGUUUAGUGCUGAAGACCAAAAUUCACAAGGUCAUCAACUGUAUACUUGGUAAGUCACUGAUACUGAGGAAGAAGGGUGUAGGUGACAGACAGGGAGAAGGUAAACAACAAGAAAGUGUGCUGUCUGUAACUUCAAGUCCAACAAAAUAUUCAGAGAAGUUUGGAGUGUUUGUGGUGAACGUUUCAUGUCCAUAUACAGAGUAUGAUGUAACCUUUGACCCUGCAAAAACACUAGUGGAGUUCAAGGACUGGGACACACUCUGUACCUGUAUUGGAGGAGUUGUAUCUGAAUUCUUAAAAAGGGAAUGCCUUUUACUAGGAAUCCAGGAUAUGAUGGCAGAGGAGAGAGCAACUUCAAGUGAGAACAACAAGUCGGGUGACUCUGCAGAGAUUUCCUCUGACGGAGAGCAGACUUCAACCUCUGGGGACUCUACUAAACCUGUUACAGAACAGAUAAGUACAAGCAGCAACAGAAACUUCCUUACUUCAAAGCUGGUCAAGCGACAAGCUAAAAAUGUCAGUGACCAAACUGAGGUUUGUGAAGAUGAGAAUGUAAUCGAGACGUAUAAGGGAUUAGAUGCCACAGAGGAUCAAGAAAAAGCGACUGACAUAGAAAGUUUAGAAAAGAUUUACGACAACAAACUUGUUCAAAAUAAAGAAAGUGAUAAAAAUCUGGAAUGUGGAGUUGAGGAAGCGAUGAAGAGUACAUCACAAAAUGUGAGUAGUAGUGAUGAUGCCACUGAAUCUAUAACAGACCACACAGUCUUAUCUUCUACAAACAGCUCCAAUGUCAAAGGCAGAGAAACGCAAUGGGACAGAAAGGGGUCCGACAGUGAUGACAGAGAUCAUGAAGUAAAUGACAAAUUUGAUGAAGAUGAGGAUUAUGAAAGUGAAGAUCCUGUUCCCAAAUUUGAAUGGAAUUUUAGGAGAAAAGGGAAAGAAUUCACAAACGCAGUUGAGAAACAGCGUACAAUAAUUAGACUUGAAACACCACAUUUAGGUUGUAACGGUGGUUCUACACUUUCUCUCAUCAGAAAACGUCACAGCUCUAGCAAUGAGAAGGUGAGAGGCAAAAGUUCAAAUCCUGAGAAGAUUUCUUGUUUCAAAUCCAUGAAGAAAAAACUGCACUGUGACAAAACAUCUGACAAUGAAGUUAAAAGGUCAGAUUAUCGGUACCAGUCUGAGAUAAGACAGCAUAGCCAAAAGAUUGACUCGACCAAAACUUCAGAAUUGUCCCUAAGUGACACCUUUGAUGCAAGUAAAACAACUGAAGUUCUCUCUCAUAGAAAACUGACAGAACAAAAUAAUGAGGAAUUUAGUUCUUCCUCAUCAAACAGAAAUGGAGCAGAUGAAAUAAGGCGUGGGGGAACUUUAUCGCAAGAAGGACAUGUAUUCAAACUCAGCCAUCCUCAAAAAAGGAUCUCAGAGCUUGAGGAGUCUUCCGUGGCAGCCAAGCUGGCCCGGUUGACAAGGUCACGACGGCAGAAAUCAAAUGAUGUCACAGGCCAAGUUUUUGGAAUUCAAAUGGAAGAAGAAUUUCCUGUAUCCUCACCUGAAGAUACCAGGUCUGAAACAUAUUGUACUAGAUCAGUUUCUGUAUCAGAAUGUCAACAGGAGAUGGUUACUUCAAAGGAAAAUAAAUCAGGAAAUGGAUGUGAUUCGUUUGAAACUUCUUAUUCAGUUUUGUUUUCUGAUAGAGCUCCUAACAGUAGGAGCUUGAAAGGUGGAGAUAGUAACAUCAAUAAUUCAUCAGAUUCUACAAGAAAAAUGGUUGACUCUCCAACUGCUCCAAAGAAGUUUCUAACAACUGCAUCUUUUGUGCAGACAUAUGAUGAUGUAUUUCAGAAUCAUAAACCCUCUAAAAAAAACGUUACUAUGGUGGAUACCAGUAAUUCUAAUGAUUUUAGAAGUGAUACAUUCAAAUUGGGAUGUUAUACAGAAUUUGGAACACUUGAAAACAAACAGAUGAAAUCUAACCAAGGAUUUAAGCCACUAAAAACCAAUUCAACAGUGGACCACAGCCAAAUAUUAUUUGACAAAAAGACAGAGAUGGUUACUUUUCAUGGCGGUACAGAAGACAUGAGUGAUAUAGGUUCGAACACACAAGCUAGCUUCUGCAUUAAUGAUGAAGGGGCACACUUUCCAAGUAUUUCUUCUGAGUCAGAGGCAGACAUUGUGCAAGACAUAGUGUUGUUUGAAGGGACCCCAAAAUCUAUCGAUAAGCUGGACAUAGACCAAGGGGAUGUCCAUACUGAGGAUUCUAACACAGAUCUAUUGUGUUAUGAAGAAUUUGAUUAUGCUCCGACACCUGUAAGUAAGGAGAAAUCUUAUCACAGAAAUACUCAGCAAAGUUCCCAGACUUCUGAUAACUCUUUGCGUUGUCAGCAGAAUCAAACUUUUCCUGACCCAGUGGUACCUCGGGAUUACCAGGGCCAUGACAUCCAGUCAACACUGCAGCAGGAGGGGCAAAUAUACAACAUUAACACUUCCCUGUCACACAGGGAUGGUGAGGGUUACAGUGAACUUACCACACAGACCUCAGAGGGUUUUGUUCCCGGCUUGUCCAGUCUAGAAACUUGUCCCAGCAGUAAAGGCCUGGCUACACAGGGAUCAGAUACCACUCAGUCUCAAGGCUUUGUUCCUAUAUCUGAUUUAUCAGCUGUGAUCGAUAAACAGGUGCUUAUGGAAUCACUACAGGAAUCACAAGGAUUUGUACCAGUACCUGCUUUCACAGAAGAGCGUGUAAUAUCACCAGCCGUGUCUGAAGGGUUUUCCCCUGUUAUGAUGGAUGAUGAUAUGAACGUGAAAUUAAAUAGUGAUACCAGUAAUCCAAGCGGCAAUAAACGCCUCUGUAAUGACUCUAACGUCAAUAGCACAGUAAUCUCCACAACCCAAGGUAGUGAAACCCUGGCAGAAUAUCUAGACUCCUACUCUUCCUCUAUAGCUGAAUUGUAUGAAGAAGACAUGAGCUAUGUAAAGAAAAAGAAGAGGUCAAAGAGCUGUAGGUUACCUUACAACAGGUUCACCACUGUGGAGAGUUCAGAACAGUCCGAAUCUUCUGUAAGGGAUGUGGCUCAGGACAGUAGCUUAUCUUUAGAUAUCUCUACUAUAAGGUCUCAGAGUCUGAGUAACUUGUCUGAAGACUCCUUUCCCACUCAACUUACCAAUGAUUUAUUCAAAACUCAAGCUCGGUUCAGGACAGACUUUGAAUCUUCUGUGUCUCAGAUUUCUGUAGACCCAAGCAUUUUAACACAGGGUCAUGAUCAUUGCCAGCAGAUUGACAGUGAUAAAGGUACAGAUUCUGUAGGAAAUGAUGGAGAGAAGGGUUCAGGUUCAGAAGGAAAUGGGGGAGAGAAGGGCACACGUUUGGAAGAAAGCGAUUUUGAUGAAGUGUCUAGUGAAUUUACUGUAAAGAACUUUACUCACAAAACAAAUUUAGAUUCACUGUCUUGCAAUGAAAGCAUGGAGCGUAUUGAAAACUUGGACUGUGGACAACAAAGCCACAGCCAUAUUGAUCUGACCAACGUCUCAGGUGUAAAUCGUUUUUCAUUGUCACAUGAAAAGGCAAGGUGUGUCCAGUGUGAGUCCAUCGCAAUGCAGGAGAGUUCUUGUGCCUCGACACAAACAGCUGUUGUCGCUGACAAACCUCGCAAGGGAACACAUUAUGAAGGGGAGACAACUAUGUUUAAUUCUAUUACAGAGGGUAUGUGCAAUAAACUAGACGAUGGUAACUGUCAGGUGAGUUAUUCAGGGACAGAGUCAUUUCAAAAUUGCCCUGAUAGAAUUCAAGAUGCCAACAAAAGGAUUUCAUAUUCUUCUCAGUUUGUGGGCAACAUAGCUGAUCAAAGUAAUAGCGUCCCUGAAAAUACAAGCGAUGAGCAUUUUGGAUACAGCUCUUCUGACAGAUCAGAAGAGCAGUUCAAUGUUGAGGGACUUAGUUCAAAGCAACUAAAAGUGUUUAGAGAGUCCAACAGGAAAGGUAAAUUACCAAAGAACUUUUUAGAUAUUUGUGAUAUAAGUCAAGUGAACAAAACAGAUAUCUCAGCAAAGCCUGAUAGGUCGACUGACACCCCUACUCAUCAGUGGUCAGAUGAUGAUGAUGAUUUAGUGGCAGUCGUAAAAAGUGUCCAGUCUCAUGGUCAGCAGUCAGAGGAUGUGUGCACCAACAAGACCGCCACUACAGCAGACAACCAUUCUAAUCGUGAGCAACCAUGGAUGGAAAUAGAAGAUCCCAAAACAGGUGAGAAGUUGUAUGUGAACUGUCUGACAGGCCACACCCGGCCUCGGGAUGGUAGCUGGGAACCACCUCCUCUAGAUAAGAAGACGACUAGCCCUAGUUUAACAACACCUUCAGGGAAGAAUGCUAUGUUAGGUGACCUUUCACCUCAGUCCCAUAAUACCCUGCUCCACAUCAUGUCUGACCAUUUAGAAACCUUGGACAAAGAGGAGGAGGACCUGUUGUCUGUCAAGUGGGCAGGUACAAGAUGUAGUUCUGAAAGGAAAGAAGACAGCCAGACAACAGAUGUAAUGAAUACAAGAUGUGUGGAGGAUCUACUUGAGGACUGGGACAACCCUGUGUUCUCAAGACCAGAACAGGCGAUAGCCACAGCUGUGGAGGUCAGUGGGAGGUCGCGAGGUACAGCCAGGGUUAAUAGUGUCCUUCACUCUCACAAGUUCACCAAGGACAUGCUACAGGAUGUAAAGGUGGUGGGACAGGUAGACAACAAGUUCAUCGCCUGUAUGACCAGUUCCAGGACAAACAACAUGGCAGCAGAUCCAAAUCUGAUGUUGCUUUUUGACCAGCAUGCUGCUCAUGAGCGUGUUCGCCUAGAAAGACUUACCAAAGAGGCUUAUGAGGGAGACAACAGGAUUAGCCGCUCAAUCGUUACACCUGCCCAACAUUUGACACUAGAGCAGGAUGAAGUGCGAGUGAUGGUGUCGUACAAAGCGGAAUUCUCCAGGAUAGGUGUUGACUUUAGUGAAGACAAGCAGGAAAGGGACUCCAUCUAUGUACACACUAUCCCAGCAUGCAUCAUGCAGAAAGAAGUUAAUGAGGUUAAGCGGAAGAGGGAUUCCAUUGCAUGGAAUGUGGUUCUGAAUCUGUUAAAGGAACAUGUAGAGUUGUUGAUAGGCACCAGUGGUGUCCUUGGACGAUUACCAGCUACAAUACAUAAAGUAUUGUGUUCCCAGGCGUGUCAUGGUGCUAUAAAGUUUGGUGACCAGCUGUCUGUGGACGAGUGUGAGGAACUCCUCAGCUCCCUGGCCCAGUGUGACCUCCCGUUCCAAUGUGCCCACGGCCGGCCCUCAAUCAUGCCUCUCCUUGAGAUGGACAAACUGCAGCCAGGACAUACAACAACGAAACCUAACCUAUGGAAAAUUUCAAAGCAUCUUCAAAAAAUCUGAAAACAGACAGUGCUAACUUGAUGCUGAUCAUACGAAUUGUUUUUUCUUGUUCAAUAUAGGCUGGACCACUAUGUGAUUUGUGAUAUUUCUAUGAAAUUCUCAUUGCUGUGCUACAACAUGUGAUUGUGAAGUAAUAAAUAACAAGAGACUGGUGUGCUACAUGUGGUAGUUCUAGGUGACAGUAUACGCCUAGAAAAAAGCUCUAUAUGUGGUAGUUCUAGGUGACAGUAUACGCCUAGAAAAAAGCUCUAUAUGUGGUAGUUCUAGGUGACAGUACAGGCCUAGACUGAGGCUUUACGUAUGGUAGUUCUAGGUGACAGUACAGGCCUAAACUGAGGCUUUAGGUAUGGUAGUUCUAGGUGACAGUACAGGCCUAGACUGAGGCUUUACGUAUGGUAGUUCUAGAUGAAAAUACAGGUCUAGACUGAGGCUUUACAUAUGGUAGCUCUAGGUGACAGAACAGGCCUAGACUGGGGCUUUAGGUAUGGUAGUUCUAGGUGACAGAACAAGCCUAGACUGGGGCUUUACGUAUGGUAGUUCUAGGUGACAGUACAGGCCUAGACUGAGGCUUUAGGUAUGAUAGUUCUAGGUGACAGUACAGGCCUAGACUGAAGCUUUACGUAUGGUAGUUCUAGGUGACAAUACAGGCCUAGACUGAGCCUUUACGUAUGGUAGUUCUAGGUGACAGAACAGGCCUAGACUGAGGCUUUACGUGUGUAUGGUAGAUCUAGGUGACAGUACAGGCCUAGACUGAGGUUUACGUAUGGUAGUUCUAGGUGACAAUACAGGCCUAGACUGAGCCUUUACGUAUGGUAGUUCUAGGUGACAAUACAGGCCUAGACUGAGCCUUUACGUAUGGUAGUUCUAGGUGACAGUCCAGGCCUAGACUGA